AUGUCUAGAAUGCGUGAUUAUAAACUAGUAGUUCUAGGUGCCGGUGGUGUGGGUAAAUCCUGUUUAACCGUACAAUUUGUACAAGGUGUCUACUUAGAUACCUAUGACCCUACUAUUGAAGAUUCGUACCGUAAGAAUAUUGAAAUUGAUAAUAAGCAAUUUUCUUUGGAGAUUUUAGAUACUGCAGGUGUUGCUCAAUUUACUGCAAUGAGAGAACUUUAUAUCAAAUCAGGGAUGGGUUUCUUAUUAGUUUACUCUGUCACAGAUAGACAAUCAUUACAAGAGUUGAUGGAACUAAGGGAACAAGUACUUAGAAUUAAAGAUAUGGAUCAUGUCCCAAUGGUUCUGAUUGGUAAUAAAGCCGAUUUGAUUGAUGAAAGAGUAGUUCCUGUAGAGGAAGGAAUUGCCUUAAGUGGAGAAUGGGGAAAAGUUCCAUUCUAUGAAACAUCUGCUUUGUUACGUAGUAAUGUUGACGAAGUGUUUGUAGAUUUAGUCAGACAAAUUUUACGGGAUGAAUUGGCAGCUCAACAGGAAGUUAGAACCCAUGGACACUCCGCUAUUGGAAAUGGCGUGAAUAAUAGAAGUAAUAGCUCUAGAUCAGUAUUGACCAAUAACAAUGCAAGCUCCCGACAACAAAAUUCUCCAAAACCACAAUAUUCACCAUCACAAAACUCUCCACAACUAGCUUCAAAUUCAAUGCAUCAUAAUUCAACAUCUUCAAAUAUAAAUAGAUCAGGAGCCGGUGGUAGAAAACCAAGUGGUUCAGCCAAUGGUAUUCCAUCAAGCCCGCAACGUUUACAAACUCAGCAAUCUAUCAACUCUAAUAUAAAUACUGCCAAUAAUACCCGGACACAAGCACCUAAGACUCAAAAUGGUUCAUCAUCUAAUGGAACAAGAUCUAAUAGUCAAACUAAUAAACCAAUAAGGAGAACAGCAGAGUCAGCGAAAGCUACUACCAAUAAAUUGAAAACUAACUUAAAAUCAUCAUCAACGCUUUCCAGCUCUCAAAAGAAGAAAAAGAAAGAUUGUAUCCUUAUGUAA